AUGGAUGACAAAAUUAAACAUAACUAUUUGGCUGACUCUCCUCCCACGGUAGUCUGCCUAGAGGUCAAGCCACACUUCGAUAACCUGAAGGAUGUGAAGCUGAGGAAAUACGCACACUAUAUGAGCCGAGCGGCAUUUGAAGGCACGCGCGUCACCUUACGUCAGGUUUCUCCCGAAUCAGAACCAAUCUACGACCUCAUUAUUUCCCUCUACUGGGCCUGCCACGGGGACUGGACUAGCCUUGCCCGUAAAACAGGCGUGCGCGAUGAAAACCUCCGGUUUUUCCUCGAAUACUCUGCUCAGUUCCUUGGGAACUGCGGUAAUUACAAAGGCUUCGGCGAUUCGAAGUUCAUUCCUCGAUUGCCUUUAGAAGCUUUUGAGUCGUUAUCCUCGAUCACGCCAGAAACAGCAGCAGCCUUUAAGAAAGCUAACAGCACGGGGGGUGGUAUUUACGAGACAGGGGAACAGUCGCUCAUGCAUCUUGGCUAUCCGGAAGGCAAGCACAUGACUACUUACUAUCCCGACUCACCAUCUAUAACCAGAGACGAGAUCACGGCCAUUGGCGAUAUCAUGGAGCAAAAAGGGUUGCCACUAGAGAAUACGAGACUGAGGAAGACCUUAUCCGGUGAUUUUGAGCUAUUGAUUGCUGCGGGAGUCUCUUCGCCCCCUUCCCGAGAUAGGGACCUUGGUGACCUUGAUUCCUUCGAGCUAAGCGGGCAAUUGAAAGGAAAGAAACUCCGUCUUCUUUUCGGUGACCAUAUAGAAGAGAUGGCAAAGAUCGCUCACUGCAUCAAGCUUGCCGGACUCAAUGCAGCGAAUGAAAGUCAGAAGCGGAUGCUGGAUGCUUAUGCUCUAUCAUUUGGUGCGGGCUCGAUUGAAGCGUUCAAGCAGAGCCAACGGAUAUGGGUGAAGGACCAAAAACCGGUUCUGGAGACAAAUAUUGGAUUUGUGGAGACAUAUAGGGACCCUCAUGGCGUGAGGGGUGAAUGGGAAGGGUUUGUUGCACUGGUUAAUAUGGAGCGUACACGAGCUUUUGGGGAACUUGUGGACAGUGCGGAGACCAUGAUCCCCAAGCUCCCUUGGAACAAAGACUUCGAAAAGGACAAGUUCCUUAGUCCAGACUUCACAUCGCUUGAAGUCUUAAGCUUUCAAUCUUCUGGCAUCCCGGCUGGUAUUAAUCUACCAAACUAUGAUGAUAUUCGACAGAAUUUAGGCUUUAAGAAUGUGUCUCUUGGCAACGUACUUGCGGCUAAGGCUCCUAAUGAACCAGUUCCGUUCGUUACUGAGAAAGACCUGGAGCUGUACCGGAAAUACCGCGAUCCUGCAUUUGAGGUCCAGGUUGGCAUCCAUGAGCUUCUUGGGCAUGGAACAGGCAAGCUACUCCAGGAGACCGCCCCGGGCGAGUAUAACUUUGAUGUAUCAAAUCCUCCCGUGAGUCCAGUUACAAACCAACCGGUAUCCACUUGGUAUAAGCCUGGCCAAACAUGGAGCUCUGUGUUUGGUUCUAUUGCUUCAUCCUACGAGGAGUGCCGUGCGGAAUGCGUUGCUAUGGCACUGUCCUGCGACUUUGACAUUCUGAAGAUCUUCGGGUUUGGCGAUGGAAAGGAAGACCUUAUAAAUGAAGCCGGAGAUGUCCUAUUUGUGGCAUAUCUGCAAAUGGCACGUGCUGGUUUGGUUGCGCUGGAGUUCUGGGAUCCCAAAACGCAGAAAUGGGGGCAAGCUCAUAUGCAGGCUCGAUAUAGUAUCUUGCGAACUUUCCUCGAUGCCGGAGGCGAUUUCGUCAAACUUGCUUACACCAAGGACGACCUGUCUGAUCUAGAGAUUCAUCUGGAUCGAUCCAAGAUACUGAGCCAUGGACGGCCUGCGGUGGAGAAGUACUUGCAGAAGUUACAUAUCUACAAGAGCACAGCAGAUGUAGAAGCGGGCAAAAAGCUCUAUGAUGAUAUCACCUCAGUCGACGAAUGGUGGGGCACUAAGGUUCGGGAUGUUGUUCUGAAGAAUAAGGUUCCCCGCAAGGUAUUUGUACAAGGAAAUACCAUAUUGGAGGGUGAAGAAGUGACACUGAAGGAAUACGAGCCUACCCUUGAAGGCUUGAUACAGAGCUUCGCUGAGCGUCAUCCUCUCCGCCGAGGCUUUUUCAUCCAGCUUGCCGCUGCCAAUGUUCGCUCAUCUCUUAAGCGCCUCCGUCCAUCCUCUCCUCCGCCCCGAUCUCACUGGUUGUUGCGGUUGGCUAUUUUCUUCGACAUAGCGUUGAUCACGAUAGACACGAGCGCCUUGAGUCUGGAUCCCUUCCGACCAUCUGGACGACACCAACGGCUAGGUUCUCCUGAACACCAACAGGAGCAUACUGUUCUACGCGCUCCCUGCAAGCUCGAGACUACCCUCAACACCUUGUCGUGGCAUUCAGGUUCUCCUGGCUCGCCCCGCACGGCGCGGCCGCAUCAUCAGACGGACUCCAUAGUGGAGGAGGACGACUUCUAUACCGCUCCACCGCCGCAUCCCCCGUCCUCGGAGGCUUCCUCCUCUAGCCUUCCUUCGUCACGUCCCCCGCCGUUCUCGUCCCUAAUCUUCACACCUGUAACCGACGCCAAUCGCGCUAACGCUACAGCUCCCCAGCCCGGGUCGGUGCCUAUCUUAAAUCCUGCUCUGUCAUCAAGUGAGGGCGAACUUUUGGAGCCAGAUCCUUCGUCAUCGUCUUUAGUGGCCGAAACAAAAGCUUCUUUUCCCCCAAAUCCAAAAGGGGAACCCCUCGGCAAGGCAGCAGAAGACGGAGAGCCGCCUCCGCCAUAUACUGAAGGUUCUAGCCCCAUUGAAUCAUUCACAUACGUUAUGGCUGCAGCAGGCGGCGCGUCAAGUAUUAUUACUCAGGUACAGCAGGCGGGAGGGCCCCCCAUAAAUACACUGGGAGAUAUUGGGGGAGAUGAGCAUAUCACUCUUGAUCUUCGGUAA